AUGGGCCUUCUGCGGUUCUGCUGGUGCUGGCUGGCGGCUGCCCCCUGUCUCCUGCACUGCAGUCUGCUCCUCACCUCAGUGAGAUCCAGUCAACCAGAUGUUGAUCUAUUCUUUUUGCUUUAUAUAUUCACGCUACACCCCAACCUUAAAACAGUGACUGAUUUGGAGUUGCUGAAAGGGGUGUACAGUGAUGGACAGUCAGUUGCUAAAGGUUCUGUAGCAAUCAACCAUGGCUAUGGGCUAUGUCAACCUAAUAAGAUUUUGAGAUCUGUUGCUUGGCUUCUUGGGGAUGGGGGCCUCGACGGCCUAAUCAGAGGCAGAUGCGCCCUCCUUCUUCUUGUCGACGGGAUUGGUCUCCAGCGUCGACGCCAUGGCGGUCACCUAGGGCAUGGGCGUGAUUGGAGCGACAGUUGGCGCGUCGGCAAUGGGAGUGCUACUGUGGACAGGAGGGGCGACGGGAGCAGGGGUGGCCGGGCCGGGGUGGUGGAGAAGGCCGGCGCUGGGAGGGGGCGAGCGCUAGCGGCGGCAUUGGGGUAG